AUGUACAAGUACCUUGCGGCUCAACCCACGUUUUUUGUAGCUAGUUUUGGUUUUCGCAUUGUAUUUACCCGCUACGAGUACUGCAAGACUAGGUACUCGAAUGGCAAGGUUCUUUGGGACGGGAAUGGCCCGAGCGAAACCAAGCGAGUUGCAGUGGCUACGUGA